UGUGUUUGGGGAGAGGCCGCGGUGUGUGUGAGGGGGGUAGGUGUCAUUGCCAGGGAGUCAGCUGUGUGUUUGUCCCUCUCAGCGCCUUACUCCAGCGGCUGACACGGUUGUUUCCUGACCUCCUGCUGUACUAUUCACCUUUGUAACCAUUUUAAACAGAAAUUUCUCGUUUCUGCCUUAAAAGUGUUUUCCCUCACCUUAACCACCCGCUGCAAGUGAUUUUCUUGAGAUCAGAAAGGAGCGAGGACCCAUACAGAACCUGGAAGUGUGCUUGAAGGGCAGCUGGCAUGGAAGAGCCAGGCAGUGGGGCGUGUGUGGUGUGUGCCAAGGCGGUGAGCAGCCCUUUGAUCGGCGUACAUUCCAGCCUCAUAUCACAGAAUGGCAGCAUCCACAGCCAGAUGGGGCAGGUGGUGGGGGUGGAGCAGCUGGAGGAGGCAUGCAGGACCACAGAGUUAAUUUGCUCCAUCUGCCUCAGACUCCUGCUUAACAUUGUCAACCUUGAAUGUAAGCUGAUGGUCCUCAAGAAUGAAUUUCGGGACACAUUCCUGCAGGGAACUGAGUCACGAAAAGAAUCUCAGGUUGUUGGGCCAUCUCGUCCCGCUGCAGAGAGUUCUGAGAGGAAGAGUGGCGAGGGACACACACCUCAGGCUGAAAUGUGGGACAGCACACACCUUGACCAGUGUGUCAGACCUGAAAAAGUUGAUGGGUUCUUCAGCAACAUUCCAUCGGAUUCAGAGCCUAAUAGAGAAGGUGUUAAGAGCAUUGAAUCACAAGAUAAACCAGAGGAUUCUGUGUCUGCAGUUAAGCAUGAAACCUCCAGCCUUGAUAGCAGUGCUGCCACCCACCAUCAGUGCCCUCAGGAGCUGGGCACCCACCUGACCCUGGAUGCCAGCACUGCAGUCCUGAGUGACCUGCUCCCCCCACAGUGCCUUCUAGGGGACAAUGCAGUUUCUUGCAGCUCCCAAGGUGAAGAGGAGACCCUGAAAGAUGAAGGGAAGAGGUCUAACUGUGAUACCCCUAUGCAAGAGAGCGAAGGCAGUCCUCCCAGCACGGCCAACACAUCGAAUCCCUUACAGAGUGCAGGAAAUGGUGGUGGUGCUGAGCAAACCCUCAGCACUGUUGCAACUCAGGACAGGCAAGACAGCCAGCGCCCCCUUGACUCAGGUGGAGAUGAUGGCAGCAAGGAGACCACUGCACAGCCAGCCCAGAGACGAGCCAGGAGACCCAGAGGACAGCCCCAAGUUCCCACACCCAAGAGGAGCAGGAGGAGGCCAAACACUUCCCAGGACACGGUGGAGGUGAAGGUGGAGGUGAAGGACGAGUGCACGCCAAGGGAGGCAGGAGCAGAGGUGAAGGAAAGAACGGCACAGCUCAGUGAAUCUCUGGAGACCUGUGAGCUGUGUGGCCUCCAGUUCAGCGACGCCAAGGAGCUGGGCGGUCACAGAGGGAAGGCACACUCGGCUGUCUACCGCCACACCUGCCAGUGGUGCCCCAACACCUACUACCGGGAGAAGUCCAAACUCACCCAACACUUGCGUCGCAGCCACAGCAUCACGGCCCACCAGUGUCCCGGCUGUAAGCACCAGGCACUCAGUCAGAAUGCGCUGGACCAUCACAUCAUCAGCCAACACCCAGAGUCUCGCUUCUUUGAGUGUGACAUCUGCCACAAGGCCUUCAGGACCCACCGCUACCUCCACUUUGUUCACAUCAAGAGGUGUCACUUGGGGCUUCCAGUCAAAUACUCCUGUGACAAGUGCAACAAAGGCUUCGUUGACAAAUCUUCCUUUGAAAACCAUAAAGUCACUCACUCGGAGGCUAGAAACUACACAUGCGAGUUCUGCGGCGCACGAUUCCUCACUCCCUAUGCCCUCAAGGUGCACGUCAACACACACACCCGAGAGAAAAAGUACGUGUGCAAGGACUGUGGGUCAGCUUUCCUGCGCAUGUGUAACCUCUGUGCCCACAGGAAGCGCUUCCACAGCUCCAGUGACGUCAAGCUGGUCUGCGAAAUAUGCGGGAAGUCUAUGAUGACACGGAAAGACCUGAGAAGACACCAGCUGGCCCAGCACUCCAAGGAGAAGCCUUUCAGGUGCCCACAAUGUACACGCAGCUAUGCCGCCAAGGAGAGCCUCAAGAGCCACCUGAGGACCCACACCGGGGAGAAGCCGUACGUGUGUGAGUGUGGCAAGGCGUUCCACAAGAGCAGCAUCCUGCGGCGGCACCAGCGCUCCGUCCACGAGGGAGAGGGCCCGCAGCAGGAGGCAACAGCAGUGGAGAUGAACCCUUUGCAUGUGGGUGAUGAGAGUGAGCUGGGACGUGAGGAGCACAUGGUUGUGAUCACCCUGAAGGAGUGCAACCCCCCAGCAGUGUACACAGUGCAGGGCAGCACACCACACCUCCAGGAGAUAAUGGUGUCUAGUGAGGGGCCUCCACAGGACCAUGCUGAGGCCACACUCCUGGCAGAGGGCCCCAGUGGCCUGCCCCUGCUGCACUCCUCCUUGGGAGCCCUGGGCCAGGGCCGCCUGGCGCUGUCCACCCCUGUGUUGCUCACCUCCCUCACUGCUGGCUCCAUCACUGUCCCGGGCACCACCACCUUCACGCAGGUCACACCAGUGGCGGCCAGCCUCUCGGCACACCCGGCAGACAAUUUCCAGCAGCCCCCAGCCCCUCCCAGCCCCCCUGACCCUAUAGUCAACACCAAGAACCUGCAGGAAUCCCAGGAUGACCAAGACCCAUUGGCAGGCUUGGGCUCCACCUCCUGCACAGAUCUGCUGCAGCUGCCCGGCCUGCACCCCGCCACCACACAGGUCUCGCUGGUGGCCCCCUGGCCCUCCUCAGCCCUGUGAGGCCCUCGCUGCCCCGCUGGCUGGUGUUCCUUGACAGUGGAAGCAUCCUUGCCUUUGGCUAUGAAAGUGGUAUUUGUUGUUUUGAGUGAAACCUUUUAUUUUUAUAUUAAUAUGAAAUUUUUAUUAUAUUAAGACAUGUUGAUAUUUCCUGAAUGAAGUACAUACAGCCCCAGUAAACAGACAGUCAAAACAGCCACGUGCUUCAGGACGCUACACUGAAGACUUGACAGGCAAACAAGGUAGGGACUGAGUCAUACUAUGGUGAGGAUUCAGAUCUUUAGUAAAUAUUUUGAAAGAAAACUGAAACAGGGUUAACAGGCUGAGUACAAAAAAUCCAGGUAUUAUUUUUCUCUUAAAAUGAAAGUCUGUUUCCCGAGACAUGUUAGUCUCCUGAACCCUUGUGUUGCCCUUCCUGCUGACGGGUGUCUCGCUGAGUGGCACUGUGUACAGCCAGGUGCGCCACAAGUCUUGCCCCGGGAUUUCUUUCACUACCUUCCUUGAAUUCAAAUCUCAUUCAGAAACUAUUGAUGUUUUAUUUGAAGUAAUACUUGCUGCCUUUUCUCUUUCUUUGUCUCUUUGUUUUGCUCUGACAUAAACUCCUUACAUAAACUCUAAGGGGGACAGCUGAAGAGUAUUUAGCUUUCCCUCUUCACAGCCUCCCUCUUUGCAACACUACCCCUUCAGCUUACUUCUCAUGCACCCCUCAAGUCUCCAGUCAUUUUAGUUAACUGCUGUUCUACCAACUUCACACAAUUAUAUCUUAACUUCCACACACCCUCUCUGCAAACUCACCCAAGAAGCUCAUGUAUUAGAGCAGCCAUAGUUCAGUCCAGACAUGACAAAAUGCCUUUGGAACUUGAUAGCGUCAUAGACAUAGCAAACAAGUUAGAGACAUUUAGACUCCAUAUAACCUUUACGUACCUCGCCCAAGGUAAGAAGUCAUUGGGUUUGGAGGAAGUGUAACCCUGUAGUGCUAGAUAUAAAGAUACAUUUUUUCCCUUCACAUUAAUUAUUGGAAUGUUUGUUGGUUGUUGGCAUAAAGGAGCAUAAGCCACAGAGGGAGGGAGAGCAUAAGCUGCCCCAAAACGUUCCUUGCUCUUACACACCACAGAGGUUCUCUUCCUCAAGUAAGUCAUGUUCAAGUGUUAUCAUCAUCAUGCCAAGAAGGAUCAUUAUCAAUUCCUCUAAAAAUCAUCACUACAGACACGACUUUCCUAAUGCUACCAAUGUGAUCCUUGUUGUGACUUGGUAGAUUUGCUUCAGUUAUCAUUAGGCAGGAAGAGCUUGAACUUAUGAUCACAAAAAACUUAUAGGGCAUGUCCAGAUAUUUGUAGGCCUCAUCUUAAUAAUACUCAUAUCAAGGGAAAAACAAGCUUCUCCAUAAAGCUACAUACUCUGAGGGAUAAGAAAAAAAUAAUGUCAAAAUGAAUUAUAUCUUCAUUUUCACAAGAGUGCUUUCACACCUCCACCUGAUCUUAACCUGGUAGCAGCAGGGAUCAUGUUUCUUAAUGGUCCCUCUUAGCGAGAAAAAUGAGAAAAAAUCAUCACUCACACAAACCAUUUCAUAAUAUAUAUCAAAGCAUUUGUGAUCAGUUUAUGUAUCAUCAAUUUUGUGGGGGGUUUAAAUCAUGGCACAAAUUUGGCCCGUCGCUGCUACAUGGUAAAGCCACAAAUUUGGCCCGUCGCUGCUACAUGGUAAAGCCACAAAUUUGGCCCAUCGCUGCUACACGGUAAAGCCACAAAUUUGGCCCGUCACUGCUACACGGUAAAGCCACAAAUUUGGCCUGUCACUGCUACAUGGUAAAGCCACAAAUUUGGCCCAUCGCUGCUACACGGUAAAGCCACAAAUUUGGCCCGUCGCUGCUACACGGUAAAGCCACAAAUUUGGCCCGUCGCUGCUACAUGGUAAAGCCACAAAUUUGGCCCAUCGCUGCUACACGGUAAAGCCACAAAUUUGGCCCGUCGCUGCUACCGGGUUAAGGGUUUUCCUAAUAUGAGUACUAACUGGAAGGAUGAUUUUUUUUUUUUUUUUUUUACGUCGUUGCCUGUUGCGCCGGUAAACAUCUUCCUGGUGGGGCCUGAUGGUCGGCCCAAGGCUUCUUCCAGGUGGGGCCUGAUGGUCGGCCCAGCCCGUUCUGGCGCAGGCGAGUGUUUAUAGUGGCGCCAUCUUGAGUACAAAUUGGUGAAUGUACCCUGAACUGUUACGAAGAGGAGAGACCACAGGUGAUUCAUAAAGGCAGUGUAAGCAGGCUUUUUCUUCUUUCAACUACUAAAUUUCCUGUACUCAGCAAGUUGGGACAUGACUUCAGAUGCAUGAAUAUGUACUCACGUUUGCUCCAUCAAGUCUGACUCAUGUUUGCUGCUGCACACGCCCAGUACACUUCUAGUUCCUUAGUGAUAUAGACCCACUUUCGCAGAUACCCUUCACCCUGCACACACACCCACACACAUAAUGUAUCCACCCACACACCUUAUAGGCUACACUCACAUAUACUUACACAUUGAGGCUGCCACCACCAAGAGCCAAGCAGUGUGAGGCUCCUGGUGUGUUUAGUGAGACGAGUGUUGAUACAAGUGGCUUAUUUAUCUCAGAUUGAAUGUCCGUCCUCUAGUCUGCCCGUCCACCCAUCUUUGGGGGGAGUAUGGCUGCCCUGCCCCCCCUACAGCACCACCACUUAUGUAUGCACAGACUAUGCAAUAAAUCAAGGUUAUAUCUUACAUAUUUA